CCAAUCAGUAUCUUCAGAAUUCACAUUAAGCGACAUCUUUCUGGAAAACACUGAUUGGCACUUGGCGCAUCUGAGUUCAGAAAGUGGCAGUUCCGCAUUAAACUUCGACUGCGCAUCGUCGGGCGAUUUUUUAAUACCACAUACCUAUCCGACUUGAUAAGUACUGCUGGGAGAUCACUUGACGGCUAGGCUGAGGAAUGUGGGUCUGAUUGGUCAGUUCUCAUCCUUCUUGUGGUGCUAAUUUACUAUUCGUCAAUACGAUUACACAUAACCAAUCAAAACUACAAACAAAACACACAGGGAAAUACCCGUCUUACCCCCGUGACGUCUCGUUAGACAUCAAGUAAUCUUCCUAAAAUUCAUUGUGUGUAUUCUUAUCAACUUAUAUACAUGAAUGGAAAUUCAAAUAAACUGUUUUAUUAUAAAUUAUGACGUUAAAUAUGAAGUUACUAAUUUCUCAUUAAUUAAACAACGUUCCAGUGAUUACUGUUAUUACACAUCAUUUCUAUUGUGCAAACGUAAACAUAACCUGUAAUAAUAAUGUAAUUUAAACGUUUGGCGUAUGAGUAACAGUUAAAGUGCAAGAUUGAACAAAUAUCUACUUGUUUAUAACUUGUUUAUAACUGUUAAUAAAAAGUUAUAUAUAAUUUCUGCAGACAUGAAAAGCUAUUCAGAUGAAAGUGAAUUUGAAGUUGUGGAUAAUGAAGAUGAUGAUUCUGAAGUUUGCGAUAAAGAAGUUAUGGAAAACAAAGAAACUUAUCAAAGUUAUUCCGGUGAAGGAGUUAAAAGACGUAAUUACGAUACUUCUGUGGAUGAAAGUUCGGAUCUAAAUGACAGUGAUUGUAAUGAGAAUUACUAUGAAAACUUGGAUGAGAAAGAUGAUCCUCAAUCAAAUUCACAUAACAUGUAUCAAGAUUUAUCUUGCGAACAAGACUCAAGUGACAAAUCUAACAGUCGAAACAUACAAAGUAGACACAUAAAUGAUAUGACAUCUAACUCUAACGAUGAACAAGAAGAAUCAGAGAUGAAUGGAGUAGGGUAUGAUGAUUCUUACCAAUGCAAUAAACGAAGGAAAAUAUCUGAAACAAAUAAAAACAAUGAUAAUUCCACUACUGAAGUUAAAAUUUAUAAUACAGAAGAACAGAAGAGCUGGCAUGGAAAAGGAAUAGCUGAACGAAUAAUGCAAAUAAUGGGAUAUAAACAUGGCGAUGGUCUGGGUAAACAUAGACAAGGUCGCUUAAAGCCUGUAGAAGCAGCUAAACAACACGGUCGUAGAGGUUUUGGACACCACGUACCUGGUCUUGAAGCCUCUGGUCACAAAUGGGAUUCUGGAGAAGAAGAAGUCAAAGCUAUAGAGACUAUAGAAUGGAUAAAAAAUCACCAUAAUGAUUUACCAACUUCUAGUGAAUUAAAAUCAUGGUUAAAAAAGGGGCCUAAAAAGCUUGUUAUAGAUGAUGAAACUAAUUUCUGUAAUGAAGAUAUAGUUACAAAUAUUAUUAAUUCAAAAGCAGUAUUUGAUAAAUUAGAUAACGUUGAAAUGCGUCAUGCCAGAACACGUUGUAAUCCUUAUGAAACCAUUCGUGGUGCAUUCUUCUUAAAUCGAGCUGCUGUUAAAAUGGCAAAUAUGGAUAGAGCGUGCGACUUUAUGUUUACCACACCAAGUGAUUUACAGGAUGACGAGUUACUUUAUUUUGCAGAUGUAUGCGCUGGACCAGGUGGUUUUAGCGAAUAUGUUCUAUGGAGAAAACGGUGGCGUGCCAAAGGAUUUGGUUUCACUUUAAAAAAUGAAAAUGACUUUAAAUUAGCUGAUUUCUAUGCAGGUUCUUGUGAAACUUUUCAUCCGUAUUAUGGACCUAAAGAAAAUGGUGAUGUUUUUGAUCCUGACAACCAAGAAGCUUUGAGAAAGCUUAUAAUGACACAUACGAACAAUAAAGGUGUACAUUUUAUGAUGUCUGAUGGAGCUUUUUCGGUAAAAGGACAAGAAAAUUUGCAAGAAAUUUUGUCAAAACAGUUAUAUCUCUGUCAGUGUUUGGUAGCACUAAUGAUUGUGAGAGUGGGGGGCCAUUUUGUUACAAAAUUGUUCGACAUCUUUACUACCUUCAGCGCGGGAUUAGUUUAUAUAAUGUACCGCUGUUUCGACGAAGUUUGCCUUUUUAAGCCAAACUCUUCUAGACCAGCGAAUUCCGAACGAUAUUUAAUAUGUAAGAGGAAAAGACCAAACACAGAACCUAUUGUGCAGUAUUUCAAAGAUAUUAAUCGAAUACUCUUGGAGAAUGAUGACAAUAAUGAUGUUCUAGAAUUAGUAUCUUUAGAAGAAUUAGAAGAAGAAAAGCGUUUCGUAGAGUAUUUACGAGAAUCUAAUAACUAUUUAGGGAACAAGCAAAUAAUCAGUCUUCAAAAGAUUGCUGCAUUUUGCAAUAACAGUAGCCUUGUUGAAUCGAGGCAAACUGAUAUGCGUAAAGAAUGUCUUAAAUAUUGGAACAUUCCUGACUUGAGUAGAAAAGUACCAAAGCACGCGCAACCUCAUAAACUGAAUAAUCUUCUUGGGGACUGUAGCAAAUUUCUCUCUAAAAAUGCAAUAAUAUUGACAAAAGAGAAUUUACGAAAAUCAGUAUUGGAACAACCACUCGAUUACUAUUGUGUACCUUGUGGCACUACAUGGGAGAACUCUGGCGAGGAUGAAAAAAGAAAUGCCACACUUUACAGGAGUUUUGGAAGAAGUAAUGUGUAUCGUUAUAUAAGAAGUAGCUGGGUAGAGGUUGAUGAUAUUAAAAUAGAAUUGCCUCCUGAUACAUUAUUAUAUGGUGAAGUAGUUUUUGAAAUGAUAAAGGAAUCUAAAAAUCAGCGUAAAAUAUUGGCAUUACAUAUUAUAGAUGUUUAUUUUUUGGGUGGUGAAGAUGUUAGUAAAAAACAUUUAUUAGAGAGACAUAAACUUGCAAAGAAAUUUUGUGAAGCUUUGUGGAAACCAAACGGAAGCAAUUACGAUCGGAUACGUACCAAAGAUUUGUUUCCGUUAUGCCCAGACAUCGGUGAAAAAUUAUGUCUAAAGCAGCGUAUAAUGAAAAACAGUCGGCAAGCUUUAGCAUAUGAAUUUUCGACAACACACUUAGACUGCGAUAACUCUCUUGACAAGCCAUUUUUUAUACCAAACAGCGUACUUUUCUUGAAAAGUACUGCAUAUCCAUGGUGCCUAAAUGUUAGCAAAACAUGUUCUCAAAAAUAUGUUUAUAAUAUUAAAACCAAGGAAAGUAAAUAUUUAUCAGAGAAGCCUGAUGUACCUCAUGCGUACUUCAGUGAAACAUAUAGCAAUCGUAUUAUUUGGUAUUGGCAUAAAGAUAAAAAUAUGACUAUGAAGGAUCUUGUAGACCAUGUCAGUUCCAAGUUCCACAAAUAAGAUUUACAAAAUGAUCAACCUUUACACUGCAAUAUAUAACUACAGUGAACUGCCACUUAGAAUAGUUUAUUGCAAGAUUCAACUUUGGCCCAUGUCCUUUGAAAAUUAUUUUCUUUCAGUGCGAGGAUUGUUUAUUAUUUUGUAAUCAUGACCGAAUUUCGAAUUAUCUUUUUUUUUCCAAAAUUGCAACUUUAAAAGUAGAUGAAGGAAGUAAUUACAUAUAAUGUUGUUUGUAAUCAAUGAUAGUCUUAAUAAAAGCAUUGAUUAUGUUAUAUUAAGUUUCAUCAGAGCAAUCAAUGCAUCUAUUUUUAGAAACAGAUAUGCAAGCGGUAUAAUUUAUUUUUAGUAAGUACAAUUAAAUAUUUGCUUGUAGCUGUGGCUCCCAUAAUAGGAAGUGCUUCAGUUCCCAAAUCCACAAUCCACUGUUUCUCAACUUGAGUAUUUAAUUCAGGUCUUUUGUAUAAAAAAAUGUAUCUUGUAUGUUCCAGUAUAGCCACAUAUGAACCAUCU